AUGAUGAUAUUUCUAAACCUAUUAUUAAGUAGCGGAUUAAUAUUUAUCGCUGAGACGGCUUCUAUUCGUAAUGAAUCUUUAUGUUAUCGACCAUCAAAAUAUAUAAAACCAACGCAUUACGAUAUCAAGCAUAUAUUAUACAUUGAAGGAAAUAUUAUCUAUGGAGAAUACAAGAUCAGCAUAAGCAUUCUUAGCAAAACGCAACACAUAUAUUUACCUUCAGUAAAAUUAUGUAUUAAAAACAUAGUUUUAUUUAAAAGUUUGGGAAAAUCUCAUAAAAAUGAUAGACAUUUUACAAUAAUGUAUAAACCGACGUAUAAUAUUAAAGCAAACAUAAUUGACGUUUUCUUUAUGGAUGAUUUAUCACCAGGAAAUUACACUUUACAUAUAAAAUAUAUGGGUACAGCUGAUGAAGGUUUCACAAUUUUCGACGUGAAAGAAAGAUCUGCUUGGAUAGCUACUACGCAUUUCCAGAUAAUAGAUGCCGGAUUGUUUCCAUGUCGGCAACAGGAGUUAUUAGAAGCAACCUUUAAGAUUUCUAUAAGAUGUAACCAAUGCAUGGUUUUGUCAAAUAUUCCAUUGCGAAAUACGAAACAAAUUGUGAAUAAUAUGUUAUGGACACACUCCUUUAUCACAUAUGCAAUGUCGCCUUAUCUUGCAACAAUAAUUGUGUCCAAUUACCUAUUACGUGUUUAUAAUGAUACUCAAAACAUUGAAGUGUGGUGCAGAAACGAAUUUGUAAUUCACUUUGAAUUUGCAAAAAAUGUAGCUGAAAAUAUCACUAAAAAAUCAUUAAAAAUAAAUGGAAACAACUAUAAGAAAUUGGGAAAACAAACAAUUUUAAGUAGUAAGAAGGAAACAGAUAUCAUCAAUAGUAAAGAUAUAUAUCCUGUUACUCGCGACAUCGAAGUUACUCAAUUAGUAGGACGUAAAGUGAUAGAAGAAUGGUUUUAUGAUCUAAUGAACCAUCCGUUAGUAUCGGAUUUUUGGUUUAAUAAUGGUCUUGUUACUUUGAUUGCAAUGUAUACUGUCAAUGAGGUAUUAUGUUAA